AUGGUAAGUCGCUGUAUGCGUGAGGGAAUCGGAUUUGGUGUUGUACUGAUACGCGAAGGCGCUGAAGCGCGCCUGGAGAAUGACGCACAACAGCCGGAUGUCUUUCAUAUCGGUACCGAAGCGGAGAUCGUCGAUUUCAAUCAGGCUGAUAACGGACUGUUGGGCAUUGUGACCCGUGGGCGAAGAAAGUUCAUGGUGCUUGAAAGCUAUGAAACUGCGGACCACCUUUUAAUAGGCCGUGUGGAUUUUCUUGCCGAAGAAGCCCCUGGAGAGUUAUUGCCCGAACACGACGCACUGGUGAGCGUGCUCAAAGAGCUGACCCAACAUCCACUGGUGCAGAAACUGAAUAUUGAAGUUGAUUUUGCAGAAGCACGAUCGGUCAGCUUGCGUCUUGCUGAACUGCUGCCGAUUGAGCCGGAGAUCAAGCAGGCUUUGCUGCAAUUGCGAUGGCCACGUGCGAUUGCCACGGCGACGGAUAAGGCGCGUGCAGAAAUAAAGCAGGCCAAUGCGCUGGAUAUGGCUGCGGCUCAGCAAAAUGGUAUCGAUCAACCCCUGAUUGAUCGUCUGCUGCUCGACGAUACCGGCAUUGAUCGCAUGAUCGAGGGUAUUCUGCAGGUAGAUGCGUUGGCAGAUCCUGUUGGCGAGGUAAGCGACCUGCGCUACCAACCUUCGGGUAUUCAGGUAGGUAAAAUGCGCGUGCCCCUGGGUGUGAUUGCCAUGAUCUACGAGUCGCGGCCUAACGUUACCGUGGAUGCGGCCAGCUUAUCGAUCAAAUCCGGCAAUGCCUGUAUUUUGCGUGGUGGUUCCGAGGCCUUUGCAUCGAACCAGGCGAUUGGAAAAUGUGUGAGCCAGGGUCUGGCGCAAGCGGGUUUGCCGGUAACCGCCGUACAGUUGCUGAACACAACUGAUCGUGAUGCAGUGGGAGAGCUGCUGACGCUGGAUGAGUAUGUUGAUGUCAUCGUGCCACGUGGCGGGAAGGGUUUGAUUGAGCGCAUCAUGCGCAACUCAAGUAUUCCGAUCAUCAAGCACCUCGAUGGCGUUUGUCAUGUCUACAUCGACGCCGAAGCAAAUAUCGACAUGGCCGCGGAUAUUGCCUUCAAUUCGAAAGUAGAAAAGUUUGCGGUCUGCAAUGCGCUUGAGACCCUCCUGGUACAUGAACAGGCAGCGCCUCUGGUAUUGCCUGAGUUGUGCCAACGUUUUCAGGUCGCCGGUGUUGAAGUGCGAGGCUGUGAGCGGACGUUAGAGGUUGUCGGGCAUGUGAAGCCGGCAGUGGAGGCCGACUGGUACGAGGAAUACCUGGGCCCUGUGCUUGCCGUGCGGGUGGUAGAUGGUCUUGAUCAGGCCAUUGCGCACAUCAACCAAUAUGGGUCCCAGCACACUGAUGCCAUUGUCACAACCGAUUACGCUCGCGCCCGUCGGUUUGUAACGGAAGUAGAUUCAGCGUCAGUGAUGGUAAAUACCUCAACCCAGUUUGCAGACGGUUUUGAGUAUGGCCUGGGCGCUGAAGUCGGGAUUUCCACCGAUAAAAUCCAUGCGCGCGGUCCUGUCGGGCUGGAAGGGCUGACCUCGCAGAAAUAUGUGGUAUAUGGCAACGGUGAAAUACGCAAACGCUGCCACCUGCACGCAGCUCAAGCCGCUCGCGAAGAGCUCAAUCUGUCCAGCGUACAUCUGAUCCUGUCCGCUCGUCCCGGAUUGGUUGCGGAUGACAGUGAACUUCGACGCAGUGGGCUGUCUUAUACAAUCGAUACGUUGGUGGCGUGGACACACGCCCAUCCUGGCGUCUUGCCGUGUUGGAUCAUGGGCCAGGAUGCGUUUGCCACGCUGCCCAUCUGGCAUCGCUGGUUAGAGCUGAUGCAGUGGUGCAACAUCAUUGUCCUGCGCCGACCGGGUGAUGAGCGCGUGGAACCUGCGGAAGUAGCGCAAUUAUGUCGGCGCCACGAAGUCGACGUCAUGGAUGACCAGAAAAUCGGGCAGAUCUACCGUGUGCAUCGACCUAUGCUGGAAGUGUCAGCAACCGAUGUGCGAGACAGAUUGAAAAAAGGUCUACCGGCCAAAGAUUUGCUUGCUGACCCGGCGUUAGACGUCUCCAACCUCACCCCCAUUACGGAUUUUAUGGUGCUGGUCACCGGCACCUCAAACCGUCACGUUAAAUCUCUCGUCGAUCAGGUUAUCGAGGCUGCGAAAGGCUUUGGUGGCAGGGUGCGCGGCGUGGAAGGGCGCGAAAGUAAUGAGUGGGUGCUGGUGGAUCUGGGUGAUGUCAUUGUCCAUGCCAUGCAGAAAGAGGCCCGCGAGUUUUACGACCUGGAGCGACUCUGGGCGGAAAUGCCCGCUGACAGCGAAACCCGCGUCUAA